AUGCGCUUCUCCGAUAGUCUCCUCCUAAUAGGCCUCACCGGCCUAGCCGGUGCCCAUCCCAGCCGAAGGGCACCCAACCCAUCUCCCAUGAGCAAGCGAGGUCUUGACCUAGAAGCUUUCAAGCUUGCUCCAAUGGCCGAGUAUGUUUCUCAGGAAGAGGUUCCUGAGGACGUCAGUGCCAAGGUUGUUACCAAGCGAGCUGACUACACAGAGACUGCCAGUGACUUGGUCAAGGCCACAUACCCCAAGGCUGAGUUCCGCAUGGUUGACGACCACUAUGUCGGCACCAACGGUAUUGCCCACGUCAACUUCAAGCAAACCGUCAAUGGCAUCGACAUCGAUAAUGCCGACUUCAACGUCAACAUUGGUGCUGAUGGAGAAGUCUUUUCCUACGGAAACAGCUUCUUCGAUGGCAAGAUGCCUGGUCCUCUGACUAAGCGAGACGAGAAGGAUCCUGUUGAGGCUCUCAAAGACACCGUCGAUGUUCUCUCACUUCCUGUUGAGGCUGAUAAGGCCAAGGCUGUUAAGAAGAGUGACAAGCAUUACGAGUUCACAGGAACUUCUGGUACUGUCAGCAAGCCCGAGGCUAAGCUCGCUUAUCUCGUUGAUGAUGGCAAACUAAAGCUCACUUGGCGAGUUGAGACUGAUGUUCUUGACAACUGGCUCUUGACUUAUGUCAAUGCUGCCAAGACUGAUGAGGUUGUUGGUAUUGUUGACUACGUCGCCGAGGCUACUUAUGAGGUUUACCCCUGGGGCGUCAACGAUCCUUCUCAAGGUUCUCGCUCCGUGGUCAAGGACCCUUGGGAUAUCGUCCGAUCUGAGUUUACUUGGCAGAGUGAUGGCACAGCCAACUACACCACAACUCGUGGCAACAACGGUAUCGCUCAAACAAACCCCUCGGGAGGAAGCGCCUACCUUAACAACUACCGCCCUGACUCCAAGUCCCUUACCUUCGAGUACAAAUACUCUCCAGCCACAGCCGACCCCACUAGCUACCGUGACGCAUCUGUUACCCAGCUUUUCUACACCGCCAACAAGUACCAUGAUCUUCUUCAUGCUCUCGGUUUCAAUGAGCAAGCUGGUAACUUCGAGGCUAACAACAACGGUGCGGGCGGUAAGGGCAAUGACCAGGUUAUUCUCAUGGCUCAGGAUGGAGGAUUCACCAACAACGCUAUGUUCUCAUCUCCUCCCGACGGUCAGCCUGGACGUAUGAGAAUGUUCUUGUGGGAUACUAGCAACCCCAAGCGUGACUGCACAUUUGAUGCCGGCGUGGUUAUCCACGAGUACACCCACGGUCUUAGCAACCGUUUGACUGGUGGUCCUGCGAACGGAGGAUGUCUUCCUGGUGGUGAGUCUGGUGGCAUGGGAGAAGGAUGGAGUGACUUCAUGGCCAUCGCUAUCCACCUCCAGCCCAAGGACACUCGCUCCGCCAACAAACCCAUGGGUGACUGGAUCUCUGGCAAGGCUGCUGGUAUCCGUGCUUACCCCUACAGCACAAGCCUGACCACUAACCCGUACACCUACAAGAGCGCCAACGGGCUUUCUAGCGUGCACGCUAUCGGAACGGUCUGGGCCACGAUCCUGUACGAGGUCAUGUGGAACUUGAUUGAGAAGCAUGGCAAGAACGAUGAUGAUAUGCCCAAGUUCAACGGUCAGGUCCCUACUGAUGGAAAGUAUCUUUCCAUGAAGCUUGUCAUGGACGGCAUGGCUCUUCAACCUUGCAACCCCAAUAUGGUUCAGGCUCGUGAUGCUAUCAUUGAUGCCGAUACCGCUCUGACUGGCGGUAAGAACAAGUGUGAGCUCUGGAAGGGUUUCGCCAAGAGAGGUCUGGGUACCGGUGCCAAGUACAGCAGCACCAGCAGAACCGAAAGCUUCACUCUACCUUCUGGCUGCUAG